UGAAGCUGGUCUUGAACUGUGAUCCUCCUGCCUCAGCCUCCCAAGAUGCUGGAAUGAUAGGAAGGAUUCCUCAUUGUGAACUAAGGUUACUUCUUUUGAGCAAGAAAAGUCUUAAGCUUGACUUCAGAUCAUUGAGUGGGAUGAGCAGCCACCCAGCUAAUAUAUGCUAAUAUGCAAUAGGUUGUAGGCUCAGGAGCAUAAUUGGUAGUAGAUUCAGGGGUGGGGGUAAGUCACAGAAGGCUAAACAGGUUUUUAAAGGCUGCCAUCAGCGAGCUGAGGCAAUAGAACCAAAAGCUAGUCAGUUUUGAAGUUCUAAGGGAAGAUUUCUACUGCUUACCAGGUCUUGAACUCUAUAGAGCCAGGCCCUCCUGAAGGAAAUACUACUUUGUCCACCACCUUUGUUUAUCCAAGGCUUAUGGAGUUUACAACUGUCCUGGCAGACCUCCACAUGGAGGCUAAGUGUCCCAUCUGUCAGAAGCACUUGAAAAACCCAGUGACAAUCAACUGUGGGCAUAACUUCUGUCUGUCCUGUAUCAGUCUGUCCUGGAAGGAUCUAAAGAAUAGUUUCCCCUGCCCUUUUUGCCACUUUGACUGUCUAGAAAGGAAGUUCAGGAACAAUUAUCAGCUGAGUAACUUGACUGAAAUUGCUAAGCUACUCCCAUUACGAAGAAGCAAGAGAAAAAGACAGGAAGGAGAGUUUAUAUGUGAGAAGCACAAACAAGCUCUGACUUUUUUCUGUCAGAAAGACCUAGAGGUUUUAUGUCCACAGUGUCGUUUCUCCAUUGAUCACCAGCAUCACACUAUUUGGCCCGUAAAGAAGGCUGCCCUCUAUCACAGGAAAAAAUUGGAGUGCUACAUUGACCCAUGGAAGAAGAAAGUGAAACAAAUUGAAAAAACGAUUAGUAUGCAAAGUAGAAAAUCCCUGGAAGUGAAGAAAAAGGUAGAACAUAGGAGAGAAGAACUCAAAUCUGAAUUUGAACAAAUUGCAUUGUUUCUCCAAAAUGAGCAUGAGACUGCUCUUAGGCAACUACAAGAUGAAGAGAUGGAUAUUUCAGAGAAACUGCAGGAAAACUUGACACAGCUUUCAGAUCAUGCCUCCUCAUUAAAAUAUCUGUUGAAGGAGAUAGAGAGAAAAUAUGUAAAAUCAGAAGUGAAAUUACUGGAAAAUGUUAAGAGUAUCUACCAUAGAUGUGAAUCCUCAAAAUGCCCUGAAACAUUUUCAUUCAAAUUAAAAGAUUAUGUUUAUCAGCUUCCUCCACAAUAUUCUGGCCUAAGUAGAAUUAUCAAGCAAUUUCACGUGGAUAUAGUUCUAGAUCCUGAAACAGCCCAUCGGAACCUUAUUAUCUCUGAAGACAGAAAAAGUGUGCAAUAUGGAAGUAUGAAAAUAAGACCUGAUCAUUCCAGAAGAUUUUAUCUCUGCCCGGCUGUUCUAGGUUCUGAGGGAUUUCAUUCUGGCAGACAGUAUUGGCAGGUAGAAGUGAAAGACAAGCCUGAAUGGAUUGUGGGUGUCUGUAAACACACUCUUUAUAGAAGAAGGAAGAUUCAAAGACAAACAGUUAUAGUACAGGAUGGUUUAUGGGGAAUUGGGCAUUGUAGUCAGACUAAUUAUGUUGCAUUGGGUUCUGAGGAAAUUAGUAUUCUCCCAAAAGUUACACCUAGUAAGAUUGGUGUUUUUUUAGACUCCGAAAUGGGUGAGGUUUCCUUUUAUAAUAUGGAUGAUAGAGCUCUUCUGUAUACUUUUGAUGAUCUCACAGAAACGCUUUGGCCUUAUUUCUGCACUGGAACUGACUCAAAACCUCUUAAAAUCUGUACAGUAACGGAUUCUGAUUGGUGAUGUAUUUGAAGGUUUCUUUUUCUUUCAGUUAGUGGAUAUAACUGAGCCAGUAAAUCUUGUUGACAGUUGCUUUUUUUAAAAAAUGUUUUUACUAAAAAAAAACUAUUAUUUCAUAUAAAAUUUUAAGCAAGUUCAUAAAAAUGUAGUUCCUGAUUUAUAGGCAUAUUAUGGGGUCUAAUUAGGAAAUGCUUUAGAAAUUCUUAGAUAAACUAUUUGGGAAAAAAUGUAUUACUUUGGAAAGUAUUACUUAAAUGAUUGUUAAUAAAAGUGAAUUAGAUUUUU